AAUAGAUACUAUCAUCAAGAAAUAACUACAGCAUUUAUUCUGUUCAAAUUAUCUUUCCUUUUUUUUUUCCUUCUCUUUUCUUCUUUACCUCUCUCUGUGUUCUUGUUUCUUUCUCUUUCUGUUCUGCUACAACCAUCAAAAGUCAAUUCAGAUCUGGUUACCAGUUGGGUGUUUUUACGUUCUUCGUUUUUGAUUUGUAUUGCAACACUCAAAUAUCUUUCGAUCGGUUACAUAUUUCUAUUGGUAGAACUAAUUACUUACUUUUGAUUAUUUCUUCCCGGGAGAAAUCUUUCUUCUUGUUCAUCUUUGAUCAAAUUAAUCAUACGUCAAGUGUAUAUUUCUCACUUAGAUUCAUUUUAUAUAUUGAUUUCCAAACAGAGAUAAGUAACUGUUGUUUUUGAUCACAGAGGAUAUAUGCUAGAUGAAUAAUCAUCCUGGUAAUAUUAACAUGUUAUUAAUGGAGUAAUAUAUUUGUAAAUGACAACAACAUUGCUUAAAAGUUAACUCAGAAAUAAAAGACGGUGUUUGAACCGCUCAGUACACGUGGUGGUGGAGCAAGUAAACAGUCCAAUCGAAAUUCCGUUAAGAGUAUUAAGUUUGAGCCCGUCUAAUCAAAGAUGAUUACCAGGGACUAUAGCCCCCUGCCAGCUAACCUAAAAUUCUGUUUUUUUUUUUUUCUCUCUCACUUCUCUUCUACCCCUCUCUGUUAUUGUUUUUCUCUCCGUUCUCCUGCAACCAUCAAAAGUCAAUCUAGAUCUGGUUACCAGUUGGGUGUUUUCACCUUCUUCGUUUUCGAUUUGUAUUGGAACAAUCAAAUAUCUUUCGAUCGGUUCAAUUUUCUAUUGGUGAAACUAAGUACUUACUGCUGAUAAUUUUCAUCUUGUUCAUCUUUGGUCAAAUUAAUCAUAUAUCCAAUGAAUCUUUCUCACUUAGAUUCAUUUUUGUAUAUUAGUUUUCUGAUAGAGAUAAUUAACUUUUAUUUUUUGAUCACAGAGGAUAUCGAAUGGAAAGGAAAGUUUUAAAUGCAUGGUGAUGCAAAACAAACUACCAAUUACCUUACAGAUGUUCUUUAAUGGUAAUAUCGGAAGGCAGGAUGUUUUUUUUUCGUCGCAGAUGAUAUCAGCUUUCAAGCAUCUGUUUUGGAUGGAUUCAGGAAGGAACCAGAUAAGUUCUCGUAUUCGUCGUCAGUUUCUUGCUCCGGUUCUGGAUAAGAUUCAUUGCGCAGCUCAGGAUCCUUGGCCUACAUAGCUGCUGGGAAGUAAUAACGUUUGCAAUGGCCAGCAUAGCUGCUGAUGCCCCGCUAGAACUCGAUGCAGAUGGAUGUAGAACCAUUUUCGCCGCAAAAGUCAUAUCCGGCUCACCGCCUUUGCCCGAUAUUCUGCAAAGCUGAGUAAGGAAUCCUGAUCCAGUUGGGAGAGGAGAGUUACGAAGCUUCUCUAAUGCAUCCGGAAUUGAUAUGAAGAUUAGUGGCUCUAAUGUGAAGACUUCCUGUUUCUUUCCGCUGAUUGUUACAGAUCCCAUCUCUCUGAGGCAGAGGGGGACUAACAAUACAUCAUGUCCUUUAGACUGUAGGUGCAAAAGUAAGUACCCGAUAAGAGUUCAAGUGCAAUAGCUCCGAAACUGUAUUUGUCGCAUUUCUCUGUCACCUUCAUUGUAGAUGCAAGCUCUGGAAACAGUGAAACGGUGGGUACUGUCCCCAAACUGCACCGAAGAUUAGGACCAGGAGAAACCAAUCAGUCACUGUUGGCUGCUGGUGAGUUACUCCUCUCUGCACAGUUAGUGCAAAUUAUUCUGCAUCAAAGGCUAGCAGAUCAUGAGCGUGUGGAUAGUUGAUUCAGAUACAAAGGAUUUAAGUGAAGAAUGUAUGAGCAGACUGGACUGUCCAGUUAGUCUCGUCUGCAACCCUGCAGUCCCAAGAUCUGAGACCUUAGGUUCAUAUUCUGGUCCAGUAAAAUGUUAUUUCUAUCAUCUCUUGGUGCACAGUAGGCAGGGGGUAGCAUCCUCAGUCACUGGAUGGAGAUGAUGUAUCAUGGAGGCGCUCUUUACAGAAAAAAUUAUGUCAUGUGAAAAUGUUUUUUUUUCUACACACUUCCUUGCCACCUUCUGAAAAGCACAUAUGACGAGCUUGAAGGAAAAGUUAACUCGUUGCUUGAGAAGGAAUACACAAGAAAAUGGAAGUAGCGUCGAUCCGAUUGGCGAUGCUCACUCAAAGACCCCCUGAUGCACCGCUUCGAGUGGGACGCAUCUUGCCUGCAGAGGGCAGGAUGAAACGUAGAGGUCGACCGAAGCUUACUUGAGACGAUUUGGUGAAGGGGGACGUGAUAAAGCGGAAUUUAGCGGAGGAAGAGGAGAUGGAUAAACAAAAGUGGAGAGCAGCGAUCCACAUGGAAGAGGUAGGAUUUUUGUACUCGGAUUGAGUUGUCCCGUUUAAUGCAACAUAUUCACGCACAGCAGGUCCACUCGUAACGAUUUAUCUUGGAUGCUCGUGCUUCUCUUGUCCUCAUUGGCAUGAGUUGUUAAUUCUAUGCGAUACGACUGUUUCCUGUUGGGCAAUACGUGUUGGCGUCUGAGUGGUGUUUGGUCCCUGUGUGCCUAUUGGAUCCCCGCUUCUGGCAGUGAACGGCAACCCGGCUACCUCUUCAACCCCACCUCGUGUUCCCAUGUGGUCCCUGUGUGCCUACGUACCGAGAAGAUAUCGAUGUUUUCCCACAGUUUGUUACUAUAUAUUUUCUUUGGUAAAAUAGAUCUUUCACGCACAUUGUGUCUGUCUGGGACGAUUUGUCGUUGGUGAUCGUGCUUUUCUUGUCCUUAACGGCUUGGCUUGCUAGUUCUAUUGGAGACGAUUGGCUCUCGAUGGAAAAUAUGUGUUGGCGUUUGAAUGGUGUCUGGUUCUUGUGUGCUAGUUGGCUCCCCUCCCGGUGUGGCGAACGGCAAGCCCAACUACCUCUUCAGCCUUGUUCCUUGUCUCCUUUGGGGAAAUACCUGUUUGGUUCCUGUGCCUAUUUAUCGAGAAGGUUUCGAAUAUUGUCGAACGUGUGAAAUCAUCCUGGCACAUUGUGAAGGGGGACUCCGCCGUGUAGAUAUGCAGGCAGCAGAUCGUGAAAGGGGUAUAUAUGUAGCCCUGCAUCCCGGGCAGGGAAGUGGAUACAUCCGCCUUAAUGGUCGCGAAUGCGUAAUCCCAUCGAUGCGGUGACUAUCCUAUCCCCUGUACUAAAAAUACAGUAAAACCCGGCACGGAAUGUGCCAAGAAUUUGCGUCUGCCGUUGUGUGGGCUGUCAGGGCUUGGCUAGCCAGCGUAAAAUUUACUAUACUUUUAGGAGAUUUUAGGAGAUAAAAUCUUUAUGAGAUGGUAUCUCUAGAACCCCGACUUGAUCAGGAAAAAGGGCUUCCAGUUUUUGGUUUCUGGUGUAGCAUCUUGUAUCUAUCAGAAAAUUUCAACAUCAUCCCAUUUACUUUUGCAUCAUUUGUUAACUUAGGCAUACAAAGGUCCUCCCGUGUUCGAUCUCCUGUUCUGGUAUGUCUUCAUUUUCUUCUUCUUGGCACUGUAAUAAUGCAUCAUGUUCUUAUUGCACUCUUGGUAUGCUUUUUGAAGGGAAGCAUAAAGGAGGAAUGCGCUAUUUGGAGGUGAAACGACUUCUGCUGUUCAGUUAUAGCCAAGAUAUCCUUCUAUUGGCCCGUCCUGUUGAGAGGACAAGCUUUACUCUUCUUCAUCGAAUUUAUUUGAGAUUAAGUUUCUAAAUCUCAAGAAGAAUGAUGGCCAUGAAGGCUAGGUGGGGAAUCUCUAACUUCAAAGCCGGUAGAGUUCAUAAUCAGAUGGUCCGGAAGAAUUCAAACCUCCCAAAGAGUGACAAACCGGAGGUCCCCAAGAGUGAGAAACCAGUGGUGGUUACUGACAGUUUCGGUGGGAAACUCGAUAAGCUCAGCGGUGGAGGAGUCGAGAAGUUAUUACAAGAUACAAAAUGGGCGGAUGUUAUUGCAGCUCAAGUUAGAAGAUUUAAUAAAAUGACACAAAUCGACUCUAUUCCCAUGAAGCAGUUGGGUCGCUUUCUUCAAUUCGCUGCGGCGUUUGGAGUUGGCCAGGCUGUGGUGGACUACAUUUAUAAAUACUUCAAGCCCGAAACCUCCUUGAGAGACAUCUUAGACGCAGUGGAAGAAUGUAAGACUUGUAACUUGAAGAGUGACAUCAUGGAAAUGAAAGAAAGUUUGGUUCAGCUUCAAAUAUUAAUGAAAAACGCAGCCAAGCAAUCUCCAACCUCUGAGAAUGGACUGAAGGGAGACUUGCAGGAACUCAAAGACGGUAUGGUUCGCGUGGAAAGGUAUUUGAAGAUCUCCGCCAAUAGGCCUCUUACUUACCAACCCCGAGCAGUGGAUUUCUCGCGGAGGCUUGGAGAGGCUCCUACAAUCCCCAGUAAGAAACUGAGUUAGCUGCAAUCAGGGCUGCAGGGAAGGCAUGGUACCAAACUAUGAUCUCAGACAGGGAUUACACAGAGUUCGAUGUCUUCCGUGAGUGGCUCAGUGAUUCUCUUGCAGUUUCGCAGUUUCUUCUGUUGGUGGAUUUUCUCGACUACUUGCAUCUCCUUCUAAACUAGAUAUUUAGUUACUUUAUUUGGUUAGACAGAUUUAAGGGUAAGGCCGAUGAAAGACAUGAAAUUAGUCAUAGUUUUUGGAUCUUUAUACAUAUGGCGGCUUUUGUGUUGAUAAAGUUUGCUUGCAAGUAGUUUUUACUGCUUUUAUUCCUUUCCCCAGUUCAGUGAAAUAUUCUAGUUUGAUAUUCUCAUAGUUUAGACUUCAUUUCUGCUGCCA